UUAGAAAAAGUCAACAAUGGCAAAAAAACACAAACGUGUUCAUGGCUGAACACAACGCUUUGAGUCUCCAUCUCAUCGGGUGACAUCAAUCCUGCUACCUUCUCACUUGGUUUCCAGAAGUGUGUUAUUGAUUUUGUCAAUAAUCAUUUCUCCUUCUCUCAAGACUGAUCAAACCGAGCACCGGGAUGCAGCCAUCAGACCCGAAGCGGCAUCCUUCAUUUCUCUGCCUACAGCUCUCGAGGGAGCGAUUGGGCAGCUCGACAUUUUGCUGUGAUUGAAUUGCACUCUGCCCCCUUGUGGAGGCUGAUCCUCAGUCAGGGGCGGUGAGGUGGUUGGAUGGCCACAGACACACAAAUGGCGAGUCUCUGCAGAGUCAUUUUCCCUAAAGCUCUGUUCACGAUUAACGUGUGUGGACCGUGUCAAACCUGCACAGCGGCACAUUUAACGAUCCAUAAGAGGCAAAGAGUUGCAUUAAAUACAGUUCUCUCCAGAUGUGUAAAUUAAUCUGAUUCUGUUCUAUUACAGCAACUCAACAAGAAUGUACUGAAAAUCACUCCUAUUGUGAAGUUAACAUGAAAAACAUGCUGGGGAUCUAUGAAUACAUCUUUUUAUUCAAUCUGCAAAAAAUUAAAACCAUUUAUCACUCUGCAUCGCGUUCGACUUCCUCCACUCAGUCGCGGCCGAGCCGACUGAAAGCAGUGAAAUUAAAGAGCGUUAAAGUAUUAAUAUUUUCAAAUUGCUUUUUUAAUAGGAGUGGAGGUGGCUGGCGAGGCUGCAUUAGUGCUACUGAUGAGGAGGGCCGAGGGAAAAGCUCUUCAGGUUGGAUGGACUAUCUCCAUCUUAGUGGUCGCCCGUCUAAAUGUGCUAAAAUGAGAUAAAAUGUCUGCUUGGCUCGACAUGGCGUACUGUAACGUCUUAUCCUGGAGUCAAACAGCCGGAGAGGUUUGUAUGAUUGAGAAACUUCUCCAUGAUAUAAAAAUGAACUAAUUAAAAUUAAUUUUAAGAACACUGUGUCAUGUAAGCAGCUUUACGAAACUGAGCGCCAAGACUACAGCACAUAAAAUAAUACAAAAGUUAAAAAAAAUUAAAUUCUCUAUAACACUAAAUAUUUUUGCCUGAAGAAGCAACGAAGAUGGUAAAUGUUACAAUGAUAUAUGUUAUAUAUUUUCAUCCUGGGCUGUGGGUGAGUGUGUUUGUGUGUGCGUUUGAUCCCCCACAACGAUGCACAUACACACAUUACACAUUGCGGUUUCACACUAAUCCCCUUAUCGCCGGACAAGAAAAACAGAAAUACACCAGCAAUGCAGCACAGAAGAAGAAUGCUAUCAAGAAAGCAUCUAAAAAAAGUCCAGGGUCAAACAGUUAAAAAUGCUUAGUUUUAGAGAUAUUUUUUGAGGAAGUAAAUGCAGUCAACAUCUUUAGACAAUACACCCGCAAUGCUUUCUGGGAAGUAACAGGUACAGUAAACGGAAACGUUGGUUGUUUACACAGAAAAUCUCAUAGAAACUCCAUUGACAACUCUUAGAUUUACCGCACAACACAAGCACACACAACACAUUAUGGUGCAGUUUGAGUCCAGUCUAACUAAACCCCUCAUAGACGCGCACGACAUCACCUUUCACCAGCAAAGCCUCACAGACCUCGGACCAGCGAGACGAGUCGAGUCGAAACAGCACAGUUCAAUUUCACGUGGAAUAACCACAGAAUCACGAGGAAUCGUUCACAGCAAGAAGAUCAUGAAGAAGUUUAGGUUUCCAAACUGAAGUUAGGAGCCCUAUCAUCAAUUUUAAGAGAAGAAAAGGCAGAGAUUUAGAAAAGUAGAAGUGAUUAAACCGUCACCUGCUCCUCAGGUGGUAAUUUCAAAGUGAAACGGGAUCCAGCAUCUCAGCAGCAAUAAUAUACAACACACCGCUACAGGGCUUUAUAUUGAUUACACUUUCCUGGAUGGAUUUCUAAUGAUCAGCACAAUGUGAACACUGCAAACAGCUGAAGCGUCACAUCCCCGCUGGGAGCCGCUUCAUCACCUGCGACACAAAGAAAACUGCCCGAGGCGUCUCUGUGGACAGGCUGGCGUGUUGUGUCCCUGAGACAUGACCCAUGUGCAUGACCCUUAACGUCAUGUAACGUAAUGUCUUUAAAAGAUGUCACAGGAUGUUAUUUUAUCACAUUCUUUUACAUAGACGAUAACAACAAUGUUCGGUAAACUAAACUACACCGUAAUUAAGAUUUAAGUGAAGCUAACCUGGUUAGCUAACAUGCUAAUUAGUUUAAUUAGCAUCUUGUGUUAGCAUGGUGUUCUUUUGUUUGUGCUGAGUGAAUACAGGUAAUUUAACUUACACGUGACUUAACUUACAAGUAACAACAACUUACUGCUGAUUGUUUGUGGACCAAGGUGUUUGCUGAAUAAGUGUGUUGUUUUCAGCAAUCUGGCUCUUUAUGCAUGAAAUUACUUAUUAACAUAUAGUGCACUGAUAAUAACAAUAAUGUUGUUGUGGAUCAUGUAACUCAUUUAGAGGCAAUUGUCGCCUGCUAUCUCGUCCUGAGAGGCAGAACUGUAUGUUUGCUUGAUUAAAGAACACAAAGUCAGACCAUGAAAAGUCUUCAGUCAAAGCUUUGCUGAAAACUGUGUAAACUGUCAUGAAUAAUUAAAAGACAACUAUCCUUUUACGUGCGAUGGGCUUGCUGGGUUGCCAUGGUGGAGAUGCAUGUAUUAUUUACCAUCGCUGUGUGUCCCGCUGUAAGGCAGCUUACAGGCUCUCAGUCUUUUUUUGACCUGUUCUCCCUGCGAGGAUUAAACCUGGUGGUAAUCCAUGGGGGACAAACCGGCGCAUCCCAGCUGAGUGUCCACCUCCGAAUGAGCAGAGAGGAGCCGCACAGCGUCGCCGUCGACCAUGUAAUGUGCCAGGAGGGUUCCCAAUGGAGGCGACGACGCCGAUGGCUGGGCAGGAGAAGCCGCAGAAGCGGGUGAGGUUCCGCGUGGCUUCGGGGAACAGCGGCCGGGUGCUGAAGGAGAUGUUCAAGGACGAGGGGCCCUCGGGCUCCCUGGAUUCGGAUUGCACCAGCGGCUCCGACGCAGAGCGGGCCAGCACCCCCUCCACCAGCGGAGAGGCGCACCCGUACGAGUCCCCGGGCUGCGAGCCGGACGAGCUGCUGACGUACGCGGGGGCCACCAAGGACUGGAUGUUCACGACGAAGAGGGUCAACAUACUCAGUAAAAAUGGGACCGUGAGGGGGGUCAAGCACAAAGUCAGCGCAGGUCAGACGCUGUUUGAGAACCUUCUCAGUUACAACAGUAUGGAGUUAUCUCUUGAAUUUGGGCGGAUAGUCAUCUACACCACGAGUUUCCGGGUGGUGAGAACAACAUUUGAGCGCUGCCAGCUGGUCCGAAAGAUCUUCCAGAACCACAGGGUGAAGUUUGUGGAGAAGAACAUCGCCCUGGACAGCGAGUACGGGAAGGAGUUGGAGGAGCGAUGCAAACGCGUGGGAGAACCUCCCUCGCUACCUGUGGUGUUCAUUGACGGACACUACCUCGGGGGUGCCGAGAAGAUACUGGGCAUGAACGAAUCAGGAGAGCUUCAAGACCUUCUAACCAAAAUAGAGAGAGUACAGCAGCCCCAGACGUGCCAGACCUGUGGGGGCUAUGCCUUCAUCCCGUGCCCAAUGUGCCAUGGCAGCAAGAUGUCCGUGUUUCGCAACUGCUUCACGGAUUCCUUCAAAGCCCUCAAGUGCACUUCCUGCAACGAGAACGGCCUGCAGCCCUGUGUGAGCUGCAGCCCCUGAGGAUGCUACGUGCCUGACCCGGCAUCCUUUACGCAGGACCUCCAACUGGACUGUGACCCGGGCGGUGAAAUGAAACACAGCCGCGCUCUUCCUCCAUGGCCAUGUUAGUAAGGAAAACAGAAGUUUGUGAUGAAAAAAAACAGUGAAUUGGGGGAUCUGGGAUUGUUGGUCCGGUGAACUGAUUCAUGAGAAUAAUUUGCUCAUUUUUUUAUGAGCUCAGUGCAAAAUUCCCAUUGAUGGAGCCGCGAACUAGUUUCACAUGAGGUCAACUUAAGCUUGUUAUUCAGUAAGUGAGGAGGCUCGUUUGCAACGCUCUCAUUACAAAUCCCAUAUCUGACAGAGUUAAGGAUGAUGGAGGCCGAGAGCUGAUAAAUACAAGGGUUUGAGUUUGCAUGAAACUUGACCUUUUGUCACAAUAGAGCUCCAAACAUCAUUCAAUCCUCACAUUGAGGAUUGUAAAUGGAAGAUGGGGUUUAACUGGAAGCUGUGUGUUUUUAAGAAGGACAAAUACACAUUUUUAACUAAAAUAAAUCAAGGGAGUCAACUGCAUUUAAACAUUUUAAUAAUACAAUAUAUUUCUGGUGCUACAUAAGAGCUAAUAUGAUGAUUGAAAAACAGGCAACUCUUUUGAUAAUCAAUUUUGCAAGCAAAAAUAAAUCAGUUUCACCUUCUGA